UCGGAGAGGGGGCCGAGCGGCUGGCGGCCAUGUUAGUGCUGGAGUCGGCGAGGGCGCGGAGGGGAGGCGGCGGCGUUAGCGGCGGCAGCCCGGGCUGUGCGUGAGCGGGGGAGCGGCUCUCACCCUCGUCGAAGGCUCCGCAGGCGUCACCCGGCCCCCCCCUGCCACACGGAGGGGGGAGGAGACGGCAGUGGUGACCGGCUGCGAGGCGCCGCCAUGGCGGUGUGAGGCGAGGGCGGCGGGUGUGUGACUGGAAGCGAAAGGCGGGCCCGCGCUUUCCGAGUGUGAGGGGAGCCGGGGGUCGGGGCCUGGGGGCAGGGGAGCGCCGCCUGCCCACACCCGCUCCCCCUCCCCAGCGGGCUCACCCUCCACCCCCACCCCGGGGCGGUGCGCGCCCCUCCCGGGCUCGGCCGCCUUCACUGACCAUGGCCUGGGUGCUGAAGAUGGACGAAGCCAUCGAGUCCGGCCUGGUGCACGACUUCGACUCCAGCUUGUCGGGGAUCGGCCAGGAGCUCGGCUCCGGGGCUUACAGUAUGAGUGAUGUUUUGGCUCUGCCCAUUUUCAAACAAGAAGAUUCUAACCUUCCUCAGGAGGAUGAAAGUAAACAUCCACCAUUCCAGUACGUGCUCUACGCAGCCACAUCGCCUGCUGUUAAGCUACACGAUGAAACACUCACCUACUUGAACCAAGGUCAAUCUUAUGAAGUCCGAAUGUUGGAUAAUCGAAAAAUAGGAGAUUUGCCAGAAAUAAGCGGGAAAAUGGUAAAGAGUAUAGUUCGAGUUGUAUUCCAUGACCGAAGACUCCAAUACACUGAGCAUCAGCAGCUGGAAGGUUGGAAAUGGAACCGCCCUGGUGACAGACUCCUUGACUUGGAUAUCCCAAUGUCAGUUGGAAUUAUUGACCCCAGAACUAAUCCAGCUCAAUUGAAUACUAUUGAAUUCUUAUGGGACCCAGCUAAACGCACUUCUGCUUUUAUUCAGGUACAUUGCAUUAGCACAGAAUUUACUCCCAGAAAGCAUGGGGGUGAGAAGGGGGUUCCAUUCAGGAUUCAGAUAGACACAUUCAAGCAAAAUGAAACUGGAGAGUACACAGACCAUCUUCAUUCAGCCAGCUGCCAAAUAAAAGUUUUUAAGCCAAAAGGAGCAGACAGAAAACAGAAAACAGACAGAGAAAAAAUGGAGAAACGCACACCUCAAGAGAAAGAAAAGUAUCAGCCUUCAUAUGAAACAACUAUCUUGACUGAGAUGAGGCUUGAGCCUAUUAUUGAAGAUGCACUUGAACAUGAGCAGAAAAAGUCCACCAAGCGGACUUUGCCAGCAGACUGCGGUGAUUCUCUGGCAAAGCGAGGCAGUUGCUCCCCUUGGCCAGAUAAUGCAUAUGUGAACAGCAGCCCUUCAACCACUCCAGCAUUUGCACCAGGACAAGUUGGUGCUUACAGUGUUCCUGACAGUAACUCCUCUUCACCGAAUCAUCAAGGAGAAGGGACACCACAGUUUGCAGUGGAGCAACUCUGUCCAGCAGCAACAAUACAGGAGGCCCAGCAAUGGUUGCACAAGAAUAGAUUCUCAACGUACGCAAGAUUAUUUUCAAACUUCUCAGGUUCAGAUUUAUUAAAGUUGACUCGAGAUGAUCUUGUCCAGAUCUGUGGCUCAGCUGAUGGGAUUAGAUUGUUCAAUGCACUUAAAGCAAGAUCUGUGAGACCGAGGUUAACCAUCUACGUCUGCCAAGAAAAUCAACGUGCACGAAACGUUUCACAGCUGGUUGGAUCACAAGAUAGUGAAAAUGGAGAGGGUGACAGUCGUGCAAUAUAUGUGUAUCAUGCCAUCUACCUGGAAGAACUGACAACAGCAGAACUUUCCAAAAAGAUUGCAACUAUCUUUAGUAUAUCCCAAAAUCAGAUAAAUCAGGUUUACAGACAGGGUCCUACAGGUAUUCAUGUUCUUGUCAGUGAUCAGAUGGUUCACAACCUCCAAGAUGAAAGUUGCUUUGUAAUCAGCACAGUAAAAGCUGAAAAUACAGAAGGCUACCAUGUGAUUUUGAAGUAAUUUGCCCCAUUUAGGAGUUGAGCUGGACUACAUUUUUGCAUAUAGAAGCUAUCUUUAUUAUGACAAAGGACAUUGUGCAAAUCCAUGUAAAUGUUAGAAUCUGACUUCACUGUACAAAAUGUUUCAUAUUGAAAACACAGCCUGACUGUUCAGUUACCUUACUGUGAGUUUGAAACUUCUGGAAGUAUCACUGCCACCAAUCAGCACCCUCUCUGCACAUCUAAGAAUGCAGCAAGUUUGAGGGUAGGCCUGAAGUCCAGAAAUUAUGGUUCAAAGUGGUCUUUAUAAACGACGAAGAGGAAAAUGGCCAGUAGAUACAGUUUUGCACAAUAAUUGUCUCAUUUGAAGCAUUUAUGCUUCCUCUUACCUGUCUGGUUUCUCGAUUAUUGGUUUUGAAAUUUAUGUUGAAACAUGCUGUUAUUUUAAAAUGUUUUGCCUUUCUUUGUGCUGUAAUGUAUUAUUGCCUUUGCUAGUUUGCCCAGCUAAAACUGUAUUUGCAAGAUCAUACGGUGCAGUUGCUAACCUGCAGGAGAGACGGACAAUAUCAAAAUAUUGUGAUUUCAGUUCAGAGUGACAGCUUGCACCAUUCUUGAGCUUUAUCCCACCUCCACUCCCCAAACGGCUUCCUUUAGGUCAUGUGACUUUAUUAAAAAUAAACAAUGUCAACAGCUUCGUUGUGAGGCUGACCUUGUUUCUGCAUUCAAACAUUUAGUGGAUUUUAGUGUUUCAGUUCAACGUCAGAUCUUUUACCUGUAGAUAAACAGCAGUUGUGAGUAAAGCAGCAGCUUCUUGUUUUGUUAGUGACCCACAAUUGCUUUUAGAUCAAAGAGGAAAGGCGUUUCUGUAUUUAAAAUACAAUAAAUUUAAAAAAGUCCAUAAUCAAAUCCUAUGCUUUUGAAAGCAGUAAUUAAUGUAAUUGUCCUAUAAUUGAUUUAAAUCAUAAUUGUGCCUCUGUGACCAAAUCUCACUGCACUGAUAUGUUAAUAAAGUAUUGUUUGCUUACUUUCUAAAUGUUGAGGGAUUAUAAUUAUCACUUGGCAUUCAAGCGUUUUCAGGUCAAGCAUUAUGAAUAGAAAUCAAAUUUACUCAACAUCGCUGCCCACUUCAACUUGGCAGUUAGAAUUUUUUUUUACAACAAAGCACUAUAGUAUCUUUAGGUGUGGAAUUUCAAAUUUCAAUUUAUUUAUUGGUGUCCUGGUGCAAAAAAAACAGCCAUAGGUAUUGUUUCACUUAAUUUAUGAUUACAAUAAGCACCAGCAACUUUGUUUUUUCUUGAUUUAGAGAUCUUAUUCUGAGAUAUGCAUAAAUUCAACUUGCCUCUAAUAAAGUUUAAUUUUUUUGCAAAUAACUC